AUGGGAAAUGGAGUUUCGGGCAAAGCGUCGGCAAAUCUCAAAACCAUUUAUCUUGAAGUGGACGGGCGCAAACAAAAGGUCGUUUUCUCAAAGCACAGUAGUUCUCGGGAUAUCAAAGAUCUUCUAGCUUCAGCCGUUGGAGUGAGUCGAUGGUCCAACAUGAUGUUGAAGACACAAGAUGGAAGCACUGUGUGUAUUGAGCCGAAUUUACCGUCGAAUACUGCACGAUCACCUUAUCGUGUUGUAGUUGGUGCCAUGGACAAAAAGCACGGAGACGAAGAGGUCUUUGCAAAUGUGCUCAGCCAAGUUGCUGAUAAGUUUAUCAGUACCUUCACAGUGUCCCAGCUGAAGUCCGAAUUGGCCAAACAACUGUCGCAUUUGGAAAGAAAAGUAGAAGCUGAGGCAUUGAAGGCAAUUGAAAUGCAGCACUUGAGUGCAGAGAUCACCGAGAUAAGGGAACAAAUACGUCAAGACAGAAUCACUUGGCAAGCCAUCAAAGACAAUGUCAAGACAAACAAGAAUAAUAAAAGGAACAUCAGCAUUUCACGACCAAUGCCUAACUUUGUCAAGUAUACCUUGUCUCAAACAACGGUAGAGCAGUUGAAGGAACCAAUUUUCAACAUAUGGCACUGGGAACCUAAUGAGAUGUUGUCACUCAUGGAACAUAUGUACCAAGAACUUGGACUAAUCGAUGACUUUGGAAUCAACUCAGUUGUUCUAAGGCGUUUCUUGGUAUCAAUUCAACAAAACUACCGAAACAAUCCUUUCCACAAUUUUCGUCAUUGCUUUUGUGUCACUCAGAUGAUGUUUUGCAUCGUCCAUCUGUGUAACCUAAAAGACUUGCUUUCAAAAAUGGACCUGCUUGUUCUUAUGACCGCCUGCAUUUGCCAUGACCUCGAUCAUCCGGGAUUUAACAACACUUACCAGAUCAAUGCCCAGACGGAGCUUGCCAUUCGUUACAAUGACAUCUCACCUCUGGAAAAUCAUCACGCAGCCAUUGCGUUUGAGAUCAUUAGUCAGCCGGACUGUAACAUAUUUGCCAACCUUAGUAAGGAGGAUCAGAAGAAGAUUCGGCAGGAAAUUGUGAUGCUGAUCCUGGCCACCGACAUGGCUCGGCACAGUGAGAUAGUGGAGAGAUUUAAGAGUAAACUGGACACCUUUGAUUUCAGCAACGAUGAUUACGUUAGUUCGCUCAAGAUGAUUCUUAUAAAGUGUUGCGACAUUUCAAAUGAAGUUCGUCCAAUAGAUGUAUCUGAACCUUGGGCGGACUGUCUUCUUGAAGAAUACUUCAUGCAGAGUGAUCGAGAAAAAGCCGAGGGUCUGCCUGUGGCUCCUUUCAUGGACCGUGAUAAAGUCAGUAAACCGACCGCGCAGAUCGGCUUCAUCAAGUUUGUGCUGAUUCCGCUGUUUGAGCUGUUGAACAAGUUGUUUCCUCAAGUAGCUCCUGUUAUGAUAGUGCCUCUACGGGAAGCCUACGAAAACUACGAAAGAAUGCGCAUUGUGGAGGAAGAAGUUAAGGCUGCCACGGCCGACUUCCCUGAAGAUUCAAGUCCUCCUGAGAAAAGUGUGGAUAGUAGCAAAGGUAAAGGAGGGUGGAGUCCGUCAAAGGGCAAGUCGAACUUAAUGGGUGUGUCCAAGGAAAUACGAGAGAUAUUCCACGACCGCAACAAGGAGAGUAAACAAACGGAAAAAGAGCAGGAGAAACUGGCCCGCAACACCAACAAAAAGCAGGAGAAAAAGGAUGAAGCCGCAGAUUGCAGUCCGUCAGCAAGCGAAGACAAAUAG